UAGGCACCAGGUGGAUCUGUUGUUCGUCAUGGAUUACCGGGAUGGCCACGAAAUCUCCAACCUUCAGCAGUUGUAAAAUCAAAAAGAGACGAGAGUUCUUAGCGCGACCUUUAUCCUACACGCCCCUGCUCGUCAGAGUCCAUGCCCGCUAUUCCUCCAAAGCGGGUGUUUGCUGAUAUGGAAGGGGAACCGGGUCUAUCGCUGUGGAGGUGAGCGUGAAGGCCUCAUCUCAGAAGACGGGGGUGUGUGAUGGCUGAGUGCUUCCUGCUGGAGUUUUUGUGAGGAAUCCUCUUGUCUUUGGAAGGUGUUGGACGCUCCCAGGUUUUCACAGACUGUUGCCAUUUCUGGAGAUUUCUGGACCUUAGAUGGUGCUGUUGACUGGUCAUGGGUGGCCUUGAAGACUGGUGGGCUUGCUCUUAAUUCCAGGGGCUCUCUGCCCAGUCCGUCGUCUGUCAUUCCUGGCCUCCCUGGUGUCCACCCUAUGUGUCCUUGAACCAUGGGCCAAUGGGCAUGGCUCCCGGCGGCCUCCAGCUCCCUGUGCACCAUGCUCACCCCCCGCGUCCUCCUGUGCAUCACCUCCGUGGCUGUCCACCUGCCGCUGACCGCCGGCCAGGCGCAGUACCCCGUGGUCAACACCAACUAUGGCAAAAUCCGUGGGUUACGAACACCUUUGCCCAAUGAGAUCCUGGGCCCGGUGGAGCAGUUCCUGGGGGUCCCUUAUGCCUCCCCACCCACGGGAGAACGCCGCUUCCAGCCCCCAGAGCCCCCCUCGUCCUGGACUGGGGUGCGAAACGCCACUCAGUUUGCAGCCGUGUGUCCUCAGCAUCUGGAUGAGAGGUCCCUCCUCCAUGACAUGCUGCCCAUCUGGUUCACCGCCAACCUGGACACUCUGAUGACCUACGUGCAGGACCAGAAUGAAGACUGCCUGUAUCUCAACAUCUACGUCCCCACGGAAGACGGAGGCAACACAAAGAAACACACAGAUGAUAUCACCAGUAAUGACCGUGGGGAAGAUGAAGAUAUCCACGACCAGAGCAACAAGAAACCCGUGAUGGUGUACAUCCACGGAGGCUCGUACAUGGAGGGCACAGCCAACAUGAUUGACGGCAGCGUCUUGGCCAGUUAUGGCAAUGUCAUCGUCAUCACCGUCAACUACCGGCUGGGCAUUUUGGGCUUUCUGAGCACCGGUGACCAGGCAGCCAAAGGAAACUAUGGCCUCUUGGACCAAAUCCAGGCCCUGCGUUGGAUCGAAGAGAAUGUGGGUGCCUUUGGGGGGGACCCCAAGAGGGUGACCAUCUUCGGGUCUGGGGCCGGAGCCUCCUGUGUCAGCCUCUUGACGCUGUCGCACUAUUCGGAAGGUCUGUUCCAGAAGGCCGUCAUCCAGAGUGGCACGGCCCUGUCCAGCUGGGCUGUCAACUACCAGCCGGCCAAGUACACGCGGCAACUGGCGGAGCGGGUGGGCUGCGGGGCGGCCGACACAGCCCAGCUGGUGGAGUGUCUCCGCGCCAAGAGCCCCCGGGAGCUGCUCCAGCAGGCCGUGACCCCCGCCACCUACCACAUCGCCUUCGGGCCGGUGAUCGACGGGGACGUCAUCCCGGACGACCCCCAGAUCCUCAUGGAGCAGGGCGAGUUCCUCAACUACGACAUCAUGCUGGGCGUCAACCAGGGAGAGGGCUUCAAGUUCGUGGACGGACUGGUGGACGGGGAGGACGGCGUCACCCCCAGCGACUUCGACUUCUCUGUGUCCAACUUCGUGGACAACCUGUACGGCUACCCUGAGGGCAAGGACACCCUGAGGGAGACCAUCAAGUUCAUGUACACCGACUGGGCCGACAAGGAGAACCCAGAGACGCGUCGCAAGACCCUGGUGGCCCUGUUCACCGAUCACCAGUGGGUGGCCCCCGCCGUAGCCACGGCCGACCUGCACGCCCAGUACGGCUCACCCACCUACUUCUACGCCUUCUACCACCACUGCCAGAGCGACAUGAAGCCCAGCUGGGCCGACUCAGCACACGGGGACGAGGUGCCCUACGUCUUCGGCAUCCCCAUGGUGGGCCCCACCGAGCUCUUCAGCUGCAAUUUCUCCAAGAACGACGUCAUGCUCAGCGCCGUGGUCAUGACCUACUGGACCAACUUCGCCAAGACCGGGGACCCCAACCAGCCCGUCCCGCAAGACACCAAAUUCAUCCACACCAAGCCCAACCGCUUCGAGGAGGUAGCCUGGUCCAAGUACAACCCCAAGGAUCAGCUCUACCUACACAUCGGCCUCAAGCCCCGGGUUCGAGACCACUACCGGGCCACCAAGGUGGCCUUCUGGCUGGAGCUGGUGCCCCACCUGCACAACCUGAACGAGAUCUUCCAGUACGUGUCCACCACCACCAAGGUGCCCCCCCUGGACAUGACGUCCUUCCCCUACGGCACCCGCCGCUCGCCCGCCAAGGUCUGGCCCACCACCAAGCGUCCGUCUGUCACGGCGGCCGGGGCCCCCAAGCACGGCCCCAAGGACGCCCCCAAGCCCGGCUCGGAAGACACCACCGUCCUCAUCGAGACCAAGCGCGACUACUCCACCGAGCUGAGCGUCACCAUCGCCGUGGGGGCCUCCUUGCUCUUCCUCAACAUCCUGGCCUUCGCCGCCCUGUACUACAAGAAGGACAAACGUCGGCACGAGACGCACCGACGGCCCAGCCCGCAGAGGAACGCGGCCAACGACGUGACCCACCUGCAGAACGAGGGUCUCCUCUCCCUGCAGAGGAAGCAGCUGAGGCAGGAGCAGGAGUGUGAGGCCAUCCAAGCCCAGGACACCCUGAGGCUCACCUGCCCGCCGGACUACACCCUCACCUUACGCCGAUCGCCGGACGACAUUCCCCUCAUGACGCCCAACACCAUCACCAUGAUCCCCAACUCCCUCAUGGGCACACAGCCUCUGCACACUUUCAACACCUUCAACGCUGCCGGCCAGAAUAGCACCAACCUGCCUCACGGCCACUCCACCACCCGAGUAUGACCUAGCCUGCUCCCCUGAGUCCCCUGGGCUUCCCUCCAUCUCCCUCUUUCUUUCCUCUCUCUCUUUCUCUUCCCUCUCUCUUUCUUUCUCUUUCUCCAUGCCCCACUUCCUAGGGGGAGGAGAGGGAGCCCUCAACCCCACCCCACCCCGCCCCACGCCCCAAAUCACGCACCUGUCAUUUCUGCAAAAAGACGCUACAAACAGAGGCCUGUUUCCCCGCCGUGGGAGCGACCUGUGUCUGAAGAGUGGACCUGUCGGAUUUUGCAAAAACGUGCAAUGCAAUGGGAGGUCAAAGGGGGUUUUCAUGACCCCCUGCUGCCCGCCCCGAGGGUCUCCCGGAAUCCUGCAAUUCUGUAGACGAUGGUCAUUGCACAGAGAUGGGAGGGCCCAGAGGAUUUUCUCUCCCAGGGGGUGUCCGGAAUCCAGUAGGUUGAAUUUUGCAAAAGCAUGCAAUGCAAAAAAAGGCAUAUGCAGACUUCAAAGGGGUGAGCCGGGGAAAAUCUUGCAAUUCUGCAGAAGAGCCGGGGAGAAUCCUGAAAUUCUGCAGACGAUGGUCAUUGCACAGAGAUGGGAAGGCCCCAGAGGGCUUUCUCCCAGGGGGGUGUCUGGAAUCCAGCAGGUUAAAUUUUGCAAAAACCUGCAAUGCAAAAAGGCAUAUGCAGACUUAGAAGGGGUGAGCCAGGGGAGACUCUUGCAAUUCUGCAGAUGAUGGUCAUUGCACAGAGAUGGGAAGGCCCCAGAGGGCUUUCUCCCAGGGGGGUGUUGGGAAUCCAGCAGGUUAAAUUUUGCAAAAGCCUGCAAUGCAAAAAGGCAUAUGCAGACUUAGAAGGGGUGAGCCAGGGGAGACUCUUGCAAUUCUGCAGAUGAUGGUCAUUGCACAGAGAUGGGAAGGCCCCAGAGGGCUUUCUCCCAGGGGGGUGUCUGGAAUCCAGCAGGUUAAAUUUUGCAAAAACCUGCAAUGCAAAAAGGCAUAUGCAGACUUAGAAGGGGUGAGCCAGGGGAGACUCUUGCAAUUCUGCAGAUGAUGGUCAUUGCACAGAGAUGGGAAGGCCCCAGAGGGCUUUCUCCCAGGGGGGUGUUGGGAAUCCAGCAGGUUAAAUUUUGCAAAAGCCUGCAAUGCAAAAAGGCAUAUGCAGACUUAGAAGGGGUGAGCCAGGGGAGACUCUUGCAAUUCUGCAGAUGAUGGUCAUUGCACAGAGAUGGGAAGGCCCCAGAGGGCUUUCUCCCAGGGGGAUGUCUGGAAUCCAGCAGGUUAAAUUUUGCAAAAACCUGCAAUGCAAAAAGGCAUAUGCAGACUUAGAAGGGGUGAGCUGGGGAAAAUCUUGCAAUUCUGCAGGUGAUGGUCAUUGCUCAGAGAUGGGAGGGCCCCAGAGGGCUUUCUCCCAGGGGGGUGUUGGGAAUCCAGCAGGUUAAAUUUUGCAAAAGCCUGCAAUGCAAAAAGGCACAUGCAGACUUCAAAGGGCGUGAGCCGGGGAGAACCCUGCAGUUCUGCAGGUGAUGGUCAUUGCACAGAGAUGGGAGGGUCCCAGAGGGCUUUCUCUCCCAGGGGGUGUCCGGAAUCCAGCCGGUUGAAUUCUGCAGAAAAUGCCAAACCCCCAGGUGGGCGGACCACAGCUAGGCAGGCCCUCUGGGAGAAGUCAAGCAUGCAUGUCUGCAAAACAGGUAAUGUGCCCAGGUGGCAAGACUGCAAAAGGGGUUUCCCCCAGGGACGCCCCCCCCCUGCAAUCACACAUCUGCUGUUCUGCAAAGGACAUUGAGUACGGCUGGAAUGGAACAACACAGACGAGAUUCUCUCUGGGAUCCCUUCCCUUACCACUAGACAUCUGCAUUGCUGCAAAACAAAACAACAAACAAACAAACAAAAAACACAGAAUGAACUAAGGUAUUUGUCAUGCCCAUCUUCGAUUCAAGAACCUGUAUUUCUUCAAUAUAGUCCAUGCAAUGAAGCAGGAUUACAGCAAACGAGAAGUGUCUCCUAAAUAGAAUAGAAUAUUUUUUUUUCUGCAAAAAAAUUAUUAUUAUAAUAAAUAAAUUACAGGAUGCAUCCCAUGGGGGCCCCUCCUGGGGUUCCCUUAGGAAACAGACAUGUGUAAUUCUACAAAAGACACUGAGACCUCGGGGGUGGGAGACCACUGACCUUCCCUGCAAAGGGACAUGCGUCCAUUUCUGCCCAAAACUUUUAUUCUUUUUUUUUUCAUGCACCUGUUGCAAACCGCCUUUGCACAGAGCUGGAAUAUAAUCCCAGCCUCCGGAAAAGGAAAAAAAAAAAUCAUGCAGGCACUCCUCCAAGAGUUGGUGGUUUCUGUGUUUUUUUUUAAUUAUUAUUAUUUUUUUUUUAAAGACCCAAAAGCAGAUGGAAGGGAGAAGGAAUCCAGUAAUACUAUUGUCUCUGCACCUUGAGGGCUUCCUUUUUGUCCCCUCUUCCUGAGUGGAAAACUUGAGAAAAAUUCACACAAAGCACUUUUGUGGGUAGGUUUUUUUUUUUUUUUUUUCAUUUUUUAAGAAUUUCUUCUGGAACCCAGAAGAUGAAGCCCUUGUUUUCCUGGGAUUCUCUGCACACUGAGGUUUUAGUUUUUUGGGUUUUUUUUUUUUUUUUUGCCAGCCGGAAAUGUAUUUAAGAACCUUUGUAGACGAUUUCAAAGAGAGAAAAAACAAACAAAAAAAUAGAAUCCAACACACACACACACACGAGAAAAUGAAAGAGUAAACAUUUAAAAACAAAACAAAAAA